AAAGACAAAGACAAAGACAAAGAGUGGCCUUUCAACUUAGUUUUGGUUACAUUUCUGGUGGAAGACAUGAACCUCCUUCUAUGUGUUGUGCUGCCAUGGCUGCUCUUUGCUGGAGAGCUUCAUGCAAGUACAAAAUCUUCCUACCAGGCUCAGUCUGAGGAGCUGCACUAUGAGCCCGAACCCCAGCCACUGCUCCAGAUGCCUCGCUCUGGGGGUCCUUCCUACCACCCCAACACUCAAGCCCAGGGACCUUACUACCCAGCCUGGCCCCAGGCCCAGGGACCUUACUACCACCCUAAUCCCGGGCCCCAGGGACCUUACUACCACCCCGGGCCCCAGGCCCAGGGACCUUACUACCACCCCAAGCCCGGGCCCCAGGGCCCAGGCCGAGGGACCUAA